AUGGACAUCCCCCGAUACCUCCAGCUCUUGACCCUUCUCUCUUUUCAUGUCUUUCUCAAAGAAAAGGUUGACGUUGCAGUAUAUGAACCUCACAUGGGUGGUCAGGACGAUGCGACGAAUGUCGUAUCAUCACCCGUUGUUACAGCGGUGACUCGAAUAGGAGAAGACCAUGUCAAAUACCUUGGGCCCUCUAUUAGAGACAUCGCUUGGCACAAGGCGGGGAUCUUUAAGUCUGGUUCUCCGGCCAUCUUAUCACCCCAAAUUGAAAAAGUUGCUAAGGUUCUUGAGCAACGUGCGAAGGAGAAGAAUGUGGCGCUGUUGUUUGUUGAGCCUGAUUCAUCAUUACCAGUGACAAGAUUCCAGAAGGAAAACUGCUCACUUGCGAAAGAAGUGGCUCAGACAUGGUUAUCACUCAGGCAACCCAAUAGAUUGACGAACUUGACUACAUUUAUCAGCCGUGGUAUUGGGUUAUUUGACUGGCCUGGCCGUUACCAGCAGAUAGAAGAAGGCAAUCACAAGUGGUUUCUCGACGCUGCUCAUAAUAAAUCAGGGCUACCCACUGCAAUAUCAUGGUUUGCCGAGAUGAGCAAAUCACAAAGGUAG